GCUACCAACGGUGUGGUGAUUGCCACUGAGAAGAAGAUGCCAACAGCCCUGAUAGAUGAAUCGUCCCUUCAGAAGAUUUCUCUUAUCACCCCAAAAAUCGGCAUGGUCUACAGUGGGAUGGGACCCGAUGCGAGAGUGCUAUCGAGAAAGAGUAGAAAGCUGGCUGCUCAAUACUGGAGAGUGUAUAAGGAGCAGGUGCCUCCAUCACAGAUCGUCAAGGACAUUGCUGGGGUCAUGCAGGAGUUCACACAAUCCGGUGGUGUAAGGCCAUUUGGAGUGUCUCUGCUGGUGGCGGGCUAUGAAGACGGCGAGCCUAAGCUUUACCAGGUGGAUCCAUCUGGCUCAUACUUCGCCUGGAAGGCGACUGCAAUUGGCAAGAACUUCAUCAGCGCAAAGACCUUCUUAGAAAAACGUUAUAACGAUGAGAUGGAGAUUGAAGACGCCAUCCACACAGCCAUUUUAACGCUGAAAGAGAGUUUCGAGGGGCAGAUGACGGAGAAUAACAUUGAACUGGGUGUAGCCGAUGCGAACGGCUUCAGAAGCCUAUCACCCGCAGAGAUCAAAGACUAUCUAGCCACCAUCAGCACAUAAACACUCACUGGUGCUACGCCAUACACCGUCGCAUAGGCUGUGGCAGUGCUUGCCCCUAGACAUUAAACCGACCAUGACGUAAACCCUAAACCC